CAACCUUUCGCGAACGGGCCUUCUCAUUUCAUUCUAUCCAGCCUCUUUCUCUCUCUCUCUUCUCAGGCCGUUUUCUCUCCAGCGAUGUCGUCGUCAGCUGCGGCCGCGGCUGUGAAGCAGUACAAAUCAGCAGGCGAGGAGGUCUGGAAGAAUCGAACAGAAAAGAUUAAUGCAGAGCUGUUCACACUCACGUAUGGCGCUCUCGUCGUGCAGCUCAUCCGGGACUACGAGGACUACGCGGCGGUCAACUCGCAGCUCGACAAGAUGGGCUACAAUAUUGGGACGAGGCUCAUCGAAGACUUUCUCGCGAGGACGAACCUGCCGAUCUGCCAGGACUUCAGAGAAGUCGGCGAAGUCCUUUCCAAGGUCGGCUUCAAGUCUUUCUUGAACAUUGUCCCGGCCAUCACGCACCACAACCGCUCCUCCUCCGGCGCCCCACCGCCUUCGUCGUCGGAAGAGGCGCCCGGCAACUCGCUCGCGUCAGCCUCAGCGCCCGAGUUCUCGCUCACAUUCGAAGAGAACCCGCUGGCCGAAUUCGUCGAGCUGCCCCCUGAUGCGCGGUCCGGCGGGCUCUGGUUCAGCAACGUCCUCGUCGGCGUCAUCCGUGGCGCGCUGGAAAUGGUGCAGAUGCAGACCGAGUGCUGGUUUGUUUCAGACACGUUGCGGGGCGACGAAACGACCGAGAUCCGGGUCCGCCUCGUCCGGUAUCUCGAGGAAGAGGCACCACCUGCCGAUGAUUGAUGUGCAGUCCCUCUUCUCCUUCUCUAUGCUAGAACAAAGCAUCACUUGUAAUUGUAUUAUCUCCAACGAUCUCAUCACUCUAUCUGAGAGGAACAUUAAGCACGCUCGCUAUCCU